AGAUAAUCGUACCAAGAAAGUUACAGUCGCUGCUUUGGCUGUUUAAAGUUUCGAGAGUAUCCAGACAAUCAAUGCUCAGUUCCAAAAGCUCUACUUUAAUUGGCGUAGUUAAUAGCAAAAACAAGUGGUUUCACGAAUGACAACAGCAAUAGCAACAAGCAAUCCCCAUAGAAUAACUUUUCGGAAUUUAGCAAUUUGAACAGCGCGGAAAAAAGAUUUAACAAAUCAUCAAUGAGAUCUCCAAUGAUACGCCGAGGUUACUUGCUCGACGUCAAGAUUAAUUGCAACGAAUCCGAUUAAGUGCAAUAAAUGGAAUGCCACUAGCAACAAAUAAGAUGUACACAAACUAAACAAGCACAAAAAGCACCGUAAGCAAAGACGAAUAGGAGAAUAUUAACGCGCAACAGAAACACAAAGAAAACAGAGGCGAAUUUCACCCACAAAACCCCACCAAGCAAAAUCCAAACCGACCUUAAUUGAGUGAGAUGUGUAAAUGCUACAAUUAUGAUUAAUGACAAAAAGAUUAGCAGGGACUAAUCCACGCGCUACAACGUAAAUUAAGUGGAACAAAAGUAUGGAAAACAUAAAUGAGAAAAUUACAAGCAAUCACUGGGGAUAAGUGUGAAUGUGGCGGCAGUUCGACAAAAAGUCGUAGAAGUCAAAGCAUUUGGGUAUAAACAAAAAAACAAAAACAAAACUCGGCAAAUCCCAGCAGUAAGCGAUAGAUAAAUGGAUUUGCGGAAUUGGAGGCGCAAAUAUAUGAAAGCUGACGUCAGCACGUUUCAAAGUGGGGGGUUGAAAGCUCAAGAGCUUUCGCAUACAAAAUACUUACGCUUCACCAGCAAAAGAAAGGCGGUUGAGGAAAAUCGCCCCUAUGAUAUGAUAAGAACGUCUGAAUUUCGCACUCCAUGCGGGCCCCAAUCGCAUAAAUACUGAAAGAGCAGUCAACUAGUCAAGUUUACAUCAAAACGGCAAUACAAUAAAUUAACCGUAGAAACAUAUUUUAAAGCAUUUUUAGCAACCAGUUACGUCCGUUCAUCUUUGUUUAGUUUUUUAUUUCAUUACACUUAUAAGCACACUUAGAUUUUAUAUGGCUUCAUAUAACCAACCCAGCGUCCGUCUCCGCCUGCAACACUACUGCGAAGCAACUACAACUAGUAAAAGCAAAUACUCUACACAUACGCUGCCAGAGCGUUUUGCGCUCAGCCAUCUCCAGCCCACCACCAACCGCAUUAGCAGCUGCAAACUGUUGUUACAUUUGCGCCCCAGCCGCCAGGCGCUGCGCCACACACUGCAUGCAACCGUCCUUGUGCUGCUCGCUCUCUGGCUCAGCAAUUGGAUAGCACAGGCCUCGGCCGCCGUCGCUGCUGCUCCUCAGUCGCGCUCCGAGUUGCCGCCGCCAGCUAGUAAACCCACACACACGCCGCCAUAUAUCCAUGUAGGCGCCGUCUACAACGUCGACGCCGAUAUAUCAUUGUUGAGCGCCGCCACCAACACCGAUGAGUUCAACUCUAGCUCGUUUAUCUCUUCCGCCAACGCUACUGCUGGUGUUAUCGGCCUCACAGCGACGGCGUUCAGCAAUGACACUGGCGCUUCUAGCGACAGCGCGAGUAACAACAACAGUAUUAGUCCGAGUUAUGUGGCAGCGGGUGGUGGAGUGGGCAGUGCGAGCGCAGCGCUUAUCACGACUAGCAGCAUUUGGGAUCCUAUUGUGGGCGGCGCAAUCCCCACCGACAUUAGCUUCGCACCAACGCCGACGGAGCAAGGGUCGCACGAAGAUGGCUAUGACGAGAUUGCCUUGCCGCCCUGGCAUGUAAUCGUUGUCAGCAUUAUUCUAUUGCUCAUCAUCAUCGGCACAGUUAUUGGCAAUGUGCUCGUCUGCAUAGCCGUGUGUAUGGUGCGCAAAUUGCGACGUCCUUGCAACUACCUGCUCGUCUCGCUGGCGCUCUCCGAUCUGUGUGUCGCGCUGCUAGUCAUGCCCAUGGCAAUGCUGUACGAGGUGUUGGACAAGUGGAAUUUUGGACGUAUACUCUGUGACGUUUGGGUCUCGUUCGAUGUGCUCUGCUGCACUGCCUCCAUACUGAACUUGUGUGCCAUUUCCGUGGAUCGAUAUUUGGCCAUUACCAAGCCGCUAGAGUAUGGCGUGAAGCGUACGCCGCGCCGCAUGAUGGCCUGCGUGGCUUUGGUGUGGUUUGUGGCGGCGAGUAUUUCACUACCACCACUACUCAUACUGGGCAAUGAGCAUUUCGACGAACAUGGCACGCCCAUUUGUAUUGUGUGUCAGAACUUCGCAUAUCAAAUCUAUGCAACGCUAGGCUCCUUCUACAUACCACUCUCCGUCAUGCUCUUCGUGUACUAUCAAAUAUUUCGCGCUGCCCGCCGCAUAGUGCUGGAGGAGAAGCGCGCCCAAACACAUUUGCAACAUGCGCUCAAUGGCACCGGCUCGCCACCGGGCAACACAGAUCUAACUGUGAUGGGUAGCGGCAAUGGGCAACGCCACAGCAGCUAUGGCAAUACGUCGCUGACAUAUUCGACUUGCGGUGGACUGAGCACUCAUCAUACGGGCGGCAGUGGUGGUGGUGUAAGCGGUUCGAGUGGCCUGCUCGGUUCACCGCAUCACAAGAAGCUGCGCUUUCAGUUGGCCAAAGAGAAGAAAGCUUCCACCACGUUGGGCAUCAUCAUGUCCGCGUUCACCAUUUGUUGGCUGCCAUUCUUUAUACUCGCGCUGAUACGACCGUUUGUCGAAUCGGAGACAGUGCAUGUGCCGCACUCGCUCUCCUCCCUGUUCCUAUGGCUGGGCUAUGCCAAUUCACUGCUCAAUCCCAUCAUAUACGCCACAUUGAAUCGCGACUUCCGCAAACCAUUCCAGGAGAUACUCUAUUUCCGCUGCUCCAGUCUCAAUACAAUGAUGCGUGAAAACUAUUAUCAGGAUCAGUAUGGCGAACCGCCAUCGCAGCGUGUGAUGUUGGGCGAUGAGCGGCAUGGGGCGCGGGAAAGUUUCCUUUGAAAUUAGGCAGCUUAAGGACGGCAAGCAGAGCAGAGUGGGUGGGGCGGAGAGGCAAGGGCGUUGCGGUUAUUAAAUGUUGAUGGGUUGUUCAAUCAAUAAGUAUUUUUUGUUUCUUUCGUGUGUGUGUGCGUGUGUGUGUAUAGGUGUCUAAUUGUAGUUUCAGUGUUUCAAAGCGUUUUAAAGCAAUUCCAAGCGUUUCAAUGCGACAACUCAAAUGUACUAUAUAUAAUAUAAUAUGUCUGGGGCAUAUACUUUAUCAUUUACGAAAUAAAGUCAGACAAAACAAAAAAAAAAUAUAAUAAAAAUUAAAAACAGCUGUAGUUGUAUAAAAUAGAGGCCAGAAACUGAGAGUUUGUGUGUCAGUGUGAGAAAAGUUACAAAACUUAGUUGAAAAAUACAGUUAUGCAAAUACAAGUGCAUACAUAUAAACCUAGAUGCAAAUAUACAUGCAUGCACAUAUAUACCAUAUACAUUCACACAUAUACAUACACACCUACAUACACACAAUACAAAUUUGUUUAAGCAGCUGCACCAAACUGAACUGAGAUGAACACAAACAAUGCAUGAUUGAUUAGGCACGCGUACUGAUACACGGAAACAAAACUAAAAUUAGCAAUUAUACAUUUGAAUAAAAUACUUGCAAUGUUAAACUAAAAAAAAAAAAAAACAACAAAACCAACAAAUACACAAAAUAUACAAAGUGACAUGAAGUGGUGCAACUUAGAAUUUGUGUGUAUUUUUAGUAAAUGUUAGCCGUUAAGUAAUGCAUACAAAGUAACAGAACACUACGUAGUACAUACAUAUAUAAGCAUAAGUGCAUACCUAGUAAUUGCUGUACAUACAUACAUACAUGCAAAUGUAACUUUAUUAGCUAUUAAGUGCUGACAAGAAGUUAAAGAGCAGCAGCAAAAUAUUAAUACAAUCAAGAAAAGAAACUGAAAUUUGAAAAUGUAGUACAACUCAUCAAACUAUUCACCCACACAUACAUACACAUACACAUACUUAUAUAUUAACAAUAUAAGAAGGAGCUCUAAUACACAUCCACAUUUUUUCCUAAAAAGUGCUUGCAUUUCUUAACAAAAAAUGGUAAAAAAACUAAAUCAGAGCAAAAAUUAUCUGCUUUUUUUUUUAUUGCGCAAAAAAUUUCCAACGAUCCUGAGAUCAGCUGGGUCCAGUGCCUGAGUAAAAGUUAUCUGCAUUUUUUUUAUUUCGCAAAGAAUUUUCAAAGAUCCUGAGAUCAGCUGCGUCUAAUGCCAUUUUCGGCCGCCGUAGCCGAAUGGGUUGGUGCGUGAUUACCAUUCGGAAUUCACAGAGACGUCGUUGGUUCGAAUCUCGGUGAAAGCAAAAUUAAUAAAAACAUUUUUCUAAUAGCGGUCACCCCUCGGCAGGCAAUGGCAAACCUCCGAGUGUAUCCAUGAAAAAGCUCGUCAUAAAAAUAUCUGCCGUUUGGAGUCGGCUUGAAACUGUAGGUCCCUCCAUUUGUGGAACAACAUCAAGUCGCACACCACAAAUAGGAGGAGGAGCUCGGCCAAACAUCUAACAGAAGUGUACGCGCCAAUUUAACGCCAUUUUCACUGCGAUUUUUUGAUGACAAAAAGUGCCAUUCUGGUGAAGGCAGCUGCUAUUUUAUGUAACUUCGAUUAGAAGUCUGGUUAAAAUAUUUAAAUGACAAUUUGUGCAGAUUUUGUAUCAAAUUGUGCCCCGAAAAAAAAUUACAUAAUGGAAACUAAGAUAAGUAAAGAUAUUUAUGGUCAAAUUCUACCUGCUGACUGACCUUUUACUAUGCAGCUAAAGAAGUACGUCUUCUACCUUUUUUUCAAUGCUUUAAACUGAAAUUUUUAAGUAGGCGAUGUUCCACGAAAUGUCAGUUGUCAGCCUAUGCAGCAGCAUGAAUCAUUUGAACUAGUUGAAAGGAAUAAAAAAUACUAGCCAAAUUUGUUCAAAAAUCACCAGUUUUGGACCAGUUGGAAAGAGUAAAAUAUUAUAAACGAGAGUUUAUGAAAUCUUUAUUUUUUAUGAUUUUAUUUUUUUUGUUUGAAAACAUUUCAAUGACGAUUGUUAGGAUUUCUUGUCAAAUUAUGUCCCGAAAAACUUUUUCAUAAUGAAAACCAAGUAAAGGUAGAUGAGUAGGUAGUGUCGAUGUCGUAAUGACACACUUAAACGUUGUGAUACCACGGGAACUUUCCCUAUACAAUGGGUUCCUUUUUAAACCAUUCUGUAGCUUUUAUAAACAAGCAAAGCUUCGUUAGUUUUAGAUGCGCUAUAUCUCCUACAUCUGCCAAAAAUGUAGUGACAAGAGUACGAAGCCUCCUUCUACCUAAACCUUCAAACUCACUUAGGAGGUGGUCUGAUUGUUUAAUAUUCUUCCGUGUUAAGACAGCUUCUACCAUACAAAAAUCGUACUAAUGCAGUUUUCGUCUGCUUUACAUCAUCCAGCUAUAUUCCUAUGGCCUAGCACCCAGAUAGGGUGCACUUUGUAGUACUGAGAUACGCCAAUUAGAAGUUUAAAAUAUCCUAUGAUGAGUUUGUUCUGGAUGCUACAAGCUGAAAUUUUUAAGUAGACGAUGUUUCACGAAAUGUCAGGUGUCAGCCUAGGCAGUAGCAUGAGCCAUUAGCCAACUAGUUCAUUAAAGGCACAAAAAAUACUAGUCCAAAUUGUUCCUAAAGUAACCAGUUUCGGACCAGCUGAAAAAGAAAUAAGGAUAGAAGAGAGUUUUGAAAAUUUUAAUUUUUUUACGAACCAAAAAAAAAUUUUUUUGAAAUUUAAUUUUUUUAAUUUUAUUGUUGUAUUAUUUUUUUUUUUAUUUUUUUUUUAUUUUAACCCUUCGCCUUAAAACAACUUGUCAGUGCCGCGUUCCUAAUUCCAUCUUAAAACUACUUUUAUGUCAGAAAUCAAAAUAAUACUUCGUAAAUUUUAUUAUUUUAGUAUUAUAACUAUUAAUUUUCUUAAAAUUAAGUUUUAACUUGCACAUAUUUUUAACAAUUCAAUGGUUUCCUAGCUUGAUAAUCUAAUUGUAAAACACUUUUUAAUCUCAAAGGGUUAGUGAUAAUCUACAGGACAAAUCACCUUACCGACUAGUCAAGAAUGUAAUGAAAAUGAAGCAAAAAUAUUAGUAGUCACAUUAACAAAUUACCCAAAAUUAUUUCUUAUCUUUAAUUUUUACGAGACUUAAACUUGAACCCUUAUUACGCAGUGAUAGGCAAUGAAGGCUUAUAACUCCGUAUUUGAUGAAUCCAAAAUCAAAUGAAAGUUUGCAUCACCCGUAGCGAAAUUCUAAACGAAUUUUUAGCCAACAAGUCUGUUUUUUUAUAUGCAUUUAAAGCUGGUGAUUUUUAGCCUUGAAAUCCAGCGGGGGAUUUCUCUCAGCAACAACCAACCAAUAACUCUAUCUCUCUCUAUCUCUACUUUGAACUAAGCAGACAAUUGGGAAAUUGAAAUUGAUGAAGCUAUGGUCCACCACGGAUUGUGAAGCUAAGAAGAAGAAGACAAUUGAGAAAGAGGCUCUAAAACUCGCCUGCCUUUUGAUAUGGAUAUUGAAGGUACCCCAAUUCCAGCCUACACACUACGCAGUAAAAGUAGCAUGAAAUGGGUUGAUAGUCUGACACGUAGCGCUACAAUAAUAAUUUGAAGCCGCUACUCAAUCGGCCAAGGAAGAACGCCUCUACAUAUGUGUAUGUUGGUGGCUUUGACAACAGGCCAUUGUCUGCUAUGUCGACAAGCUGAAAGAUUAGACGAAGCUCAGUUUUACUAUUGCAGAAGUUCCAAGAAUGAGGAGAAGGAAGAGUUUGUCAGACCUCUUCUUUGUUACUGCCCAGUGUGGCAAGCCACUGGGGUUUAGGUACUUUAAUUUAUCGUUUUUGAAAA